AUGGUGGCGUCCCUUGUCCUGAACGUCCUGGUGAUAGUGGUCAUCUUACGUAGGAAGACCGCUCUGAGGACGAACCAUUCUACGCUGAUCCUGCACAUGAUGCUGUCAGAGCUUGGCUUGACCGUCGUCUGUAUGCCGCUGACCGUCUUGUCUAUCUUCGAUAAUGGAGCAACACUGAAGGGUUCAAUGAUUCUUUGUAUGAUGAAUGGCUUUACAUCCUUUACCUUCCCAACCUCCUACACAUUACUCCUGUCCUGCAUCGCCAUCGAUCGCUACUUUGCCAUCUGUAAGGCUGUCCACUACCCCACCAUUCUGUCCCCCUUCCGUUUGAAGAUCGUGGUCAUCUUACCCAAGCGUGACAAGAUUGAGGGAUACUAUCCGAGACAUAACAGACAUUCAAACCUGAGAGAAGAAGACAUAUUCUACAGGGCCGCAGCUACAAGCACGGUCUUCACAACUCGCAUGUCAGGAGAGUCACUUCAUGCUCCUGAUGACCAUCAGGAUACGAGACGCAUUUCAGAAAAUCUCAGUAUGUCCAGAGAGUCUGAUGGGACACAAAGUCCUGGAGAAAACGAGUAUCGCAGAGAAAGACAACAGAAGAUAGAGAGGAGGGUGGCCCUUACUGGUGCCAUACUGAUUCUGACCCACUAUGCGUGCUGGGUGCCAUACAGCAUCAUUUUUGGCGGGGCUGUGCACGGCCUCCCAUCAUGGGCUGUGACUCUGGUGAUGUGGGUGGCCUACUGUAGUACUAUCGUCUGUCCCGUGGUGUAUGCACUGACUCACAAGCAAAUCAUCAGAGGUAUCCACAGGAUGUGUUUGUGUGCCAUGCACAGCACUGAAUAGAAAAGC